CGAAUAUGACUAAAGAGAAUUACAAGUUAAUUUCUAUACAAAACUAAGCAUAUACAAUAUAUUAUGUAUUUAGUUGUUAACUGAUUACUUAGCAAGGCCUUUUGUUGUUGUUUCAAGUGUGCAAGUUAGCAUUGUUUAUUAUUAGACUCAGUGAAACGGAUAUUCAAAUUUCUUGUAAUGUUUCUUGUGUCAUAAGCAAUAUGUGUGUAUCUACAAACCACACACAAGUUUGUACAACAGUUUCCACAAACCAAAAGCCACAAAACUUCAUCAGUAAAUGGUACAAAUUUCCAAAAUCAAAUAUAUUUCCGAAAUCUUUAGUUAAAUGUUGAGUGCUUCAAAUAUAUAUUAGAAAUCACUAAUUAAAAAGUAACAAACGCUCUUCAGAUAAGAGUAUAAUACUAAAACAUAAAAGUACAUUACAGACAAAAACAAUUAGUUGUGUGCAAAGCAAUAAUAGUAAUACAGGUUUUAAUGCAGGCUUUCUGCAUCAUGUACAUCAACACACGGAAAUGAUUCUAAUUAGGUAAUCACAAGAAAGUUGACAAAACGAAAAUAUAAAAAAACAAGUAAUGUAUUUAUUUUUUAAACAGAUUAGCCUAAUUAGCAGGAUGAAAUACUGCAAGAAUGUAAACUGCAAAUUAACGAUAUGAAUACUUAGACAGAUUUACUCAAUUCUGAUUUUAAAACAAUCUAUAAAUCCCUUGAAUCACUCAGAACUUUUAUCCUAAAAAGGAGAAACAAAAGCAUUGCUAUAUAUAGGAUUUAGUCGUACUAGAGUCUAAUUAUAAUAGAUUAACAAGAAAACUAAUAGAUAUAUUCACUGGUCAAUAAAGAAGCAAUUAAAUUAGUAAUCAAAUCUAAAACACAAAGCUAAAACCUUUUCUUUCGGGUGUCUCGAGACCAGCACCAAGUUCAAAACUUCCUUCUUAUUUCUUUUCCAUGAUUCUCUCUGUCUUUCAAGUUUUAGGUUUCUGAUAAAAUCUUAAAAGUUUCAUGGUUGUAGACAAAAUCAACGUAGCUUCUCCCUUAUGUUGUGUUCUUCCAAUGUACGACUCAAAACAUUCAAGUUAUGUCACUGAAGAAGAUUCCGACGACCUGAAUCACACUACAAAACACAAAAGAACUAAUGCUAUGCUUUCUGCUUCUGCUCACGAUCUGAGAUGUCUACAGGUUGAAAAAGAGAAGCAAGAUCCUGAAUCACCGAGAGGAGCUCUAGAAGCAUGCUUAAACCGAUGCUCCAUCUCUUCCUCAGAAGACCCUCCUCAAAAUAAAGAAGCUAUCGAAAACGCAGACGUAGACGUGCGUUGCAAGAAUCACAGAGCAUCUUCGAACUGGGGGAAGUUCUUCAAGCUUUGGAAACGCAGGUCCAUGAAACGUUUGUCUUCUUUCCCUCCGUUAAGCUGUGCCCCAGUGAUCUCCAAACGCAACAAAAACGCAGAUCCAGACGUCGAUGAUCUGAACCUUCACGAUAUCUAUGACUUCCAAUCAUCUCUUCACAGCUUCUCAAUCACUGACCUCGAAAUAGCAACUGACUAUUUCAACCCUGAAAACAUAAUCGGGAGAGGCGGUUACGCAGAGGUUUACCAAGGGAUUCUACCAGAGGGAAAGCUAAUCGCUGUGAAACGUCUCACCAAAGGCACACCAGACGAGCAAACAGCUGAGUUUCUGUCUGAACUCGGGAUUAUAGCUCAUGUUGAUCAUCCAAACACAGCCAAGUUCAUCGGUUGUUGCACUGAAGAUGGAAUGUAUCUUGUUUUUAGACUAUCUCCUCUUGGAAGCCUAGGCUCUCUACUCCAUGGACCUUCAAAAGAUAAGCUUACUUGGAGCAGACGUUACAAGGUGGCAUUAGGAACAGCAGAUGGACUAAUGUAUCUUCAUGAGGGUUGUCAAAGAAGGAUCAUCCACCGUGACAUCAAAGCCGACAACAUUCUCCUCACCGAGGAUUUUCAACCGCAGAUUUGCGAUUUCGGAUUAGCCAAAUGGCUUCCUAAGCAGUUGACGCACCACAACGUUUCCAAAUUUGAAGGAACAUUCGGGUACUUUGCUCCUGAAUAUUUUAUGCAUGGCAUUGUUGAUGAGAAGACGGAUGUUUUCUCCUUUGGAGUUCUUCUCUUGGAACUCAUAACCGGCCAUCCAGCUCUUGACGAGUCUCAGCAGAGCCUUGUCUUAUGGGCCAAACCGUUGUUAGAGAAGAAAGAGAUAAAACAAUUAGUGGAUCCAUCGCUUGGAGAUGAGUAUGAUCAGGAUGAGCUUAACCGGUUAACUUCCACAGCUUCUUUAUGCAUCGAGCAGUCUUCUCUUCUAAGACCCCGUAUGAACCAGGUGGUGGAAUUAUUAUUAGGUCAAGAAAGUUGCGUUGUGACACCAAGAGAAGACAAGAGAAAGAUGAUGCAACGAACGUAUUCUGAAGAGUUAUUUGAUAGUAUAGAAUAUAACUCAACUAGGCACUUGAGAGAUCUUGAUCGCAUUCGAGAGGUUGCUUUAGCUUCUUGAAAGUUGAACAAUGCCAUUAUGUAAAACUAUGUAUGUACUGCAUCUAAUGAUUCUAUUUAGCCAUUGUGGACCUGUUGUUAGGCCUGUGAUUGAAUGCAAGCAAAUGUUGAAACUUUCGGGUUUCAGAAGCUGCCUUGAACGUAUGGUUUACUCUACUUAUUUCGUUUCUCUUGUUUCCACAAGCUUUAGCUGUUCUAUAUCAUUGUACAGAGACUCCUCACACGUCCAAACAAAUUUCUUUUUUUCCUUA